AUCUCUUCCCAAGAACCAGCAACAACGUUAGCAUCAAUCAAGAAACCAAAAUGGCAGCCCGUUCUCACCUCCUCCUAUUCUCAGUCUUGAUUGCUUUUACAUUAUUCAGUUCCUCACAGGCCGCCGGAAUCGCCACCUACUGGGGCCAAAACGGAGCCGAAGGGACCCUCGCCGACGCAUGCAACUCCGGGAACUACCAGUUCAUUAACAUAGCAUUCCUAACCACCUUCGGCAGCGGCCAAACUCCUGUCCUGAACUUGGCGGGCCAUUGCGAUCCCCCCUCAGGCACCUGCACCGGCAUCAGCAACGAUAUCCGGACGUGUCAGAGUCGAGGCAUCAAAAUAUUGCUAUCACUCGGCGGUGCCACAGGGAGCUACUCCCUCUCCUCCCCUGAUGACGCCAGGCAAGUGGCUGAUUAUCUAUGGAACACGUUCUUGGGGGGCAGUUCGUCCUCCAGGCCCCUGGGGGACGCUGUUCUGGACGGCAUAGAUUUUGACAUCGAAUCGGGCUCUGGCCAGUACUGGGACGACCUUGCUCGGGCCCUGUCGGGGUACAGCUCACAGAGGAAGGUGUACUUAUCUGCAGCCCCGCAGUGUCCUAUCCCAGAUGCCCAUUUGGAUACUGCUAUCCAAACAGGACUUUUCGAUUAUAUUUGGGUACAGUUUUACAACAAUGAGCAGUGUGACUACCGUGGGAGCCCCGACAAUCUUCUAGCCCGAUGGAACCAGUGGGCUUCAGUACCCGGCGGACAGGUUUUCUUGGGGUUGCCGGCAGCUGAAGCUGCGGCAGGCGGCGGAUACAUGCCGCCGGAUGUGCUGAUUUCUCAAGUUCUUCCGGUGAUCAAGACAUCUCCAAAGUAUGGAGGGGUUAUGCUGUGGAACAGGUUCUUUGAUCAGGGCUACAGUUCAGCUAUCCUUAGCAGCAUCUAAAUUAAGCCCGCAUGAAGAACAACUAAUCCUCAGAAUCUUGAAUAAUGUUGGCUUUUCUGGCAUUAGCUUAAUCCUGAUUUUGUUAUGCUAAGGAGUGCUAUCAAUUAAUAAAUCUGAUGGAGCAUUUACGCCACUAAAUAAAUAAAUAUUGAAGCUCAAAUUACUUAUAAUUGGCCCUUCAUAUUAUGUCAUGUUUUAUUUUUCUCCAUUUAGUUAGGGGUUGAUUAUAUGAUAAUUAUAGAUGGGACACAUUGUGAGGUGAUAAUUUAAUAUAUUGUUUAAAUGAAAUUUAAUAUCAUUAUUCCA